GUAAACAAACACCUACUCAAGAAAUCGAGCACUCCCAAGCUUAGAACCAUGGCAAACCAAGUUCAAUACUUCAUUGAAACCCAACUUCCCGAUCACCAAAAACACUACAAUUCCUUCACUUUCCCUUCGGUUCUGUCUCCAAACCCAACAUCAAUUCCUUCUUCACUGUCUCUUUUCACCAAAGCCAUCAAAUCCCAGAAGCCUUUUCUUGACUCUUUGUUGCUCACAGCUGGAGCCGUACUCUUCAGGGGGUUUCCUGUAGAGACAGCCAAGGAUUUCAACGACGUCAUUGAGGCUUUUGGUUUCGAGGAGUUGCCUUACGUAGGUGGGGCAGCUCCUCGGACUAACGUUGUUGGUCGUGUUUUUACUGCUAAUGAAUCACCACCCGACCAAAAGAUUCCUUUUCACCAUGAGAUGGCUCAGGUUCCUGAAUUUCCAUCCAAAUUGUUCUUCUUUUGUGAAGUAGAGCCAGGAAGUGGGGGAGAAACUCCCAUUGUUCUAAGCCACAUUGUAUAUGAGAGAAUGAAAGAGAAGUACCCGGAAUUUGUUGCUCGGUUGGAGGACCAUGGAUUAAUAUAUACGAGGGUGCUAGGGGAGGGUGAUGAUCCCUCAUCUCCCAUUGGUCGUGGGUGGAAAUCCACGUUCUUGACGACAGACAAGAAAGUGGCCGAGGAAAGGGCUGCAAAGCUAGGUAUGAAGCUGGAGUGGAUUGGAGAUGGAGUAAAAACAAUAAUGGGUCCAAUACCAGCUGUUAAAUAUGACGAGUCAAGGCAACGUAAGAUUUGGUUCAAUAGCAUGGUGGCUGCUUAUACAGGCUGGGAAGAUGCGAGAAAUGACCCUGUGAAGGCAGUUACUUUUGGGGAUGGGGAACCAUUGCCAGCUGAUACCAUCUAUGAGUGCCUGAAAAUCCUUGAAGAGGAAUGUGUUGCCAUUCCUUGGAAGAAAGGAGACGUUUUACUCAUAGAUAAUUGGGCUGUCCUUCACUCUCGAAGAUCAUUUGAUCCACCUAGACGAGUGCUGGCUUCACUCUGCAAAUAGGAUUGGUGAAGCCUCUUGCCUGUAUUGGAGCUUCUUUCUUCAUGUAGCAGAUAUCCAAUGCUCUACUAGCUUACCGCUUGUACAAUAUGCCCUGUAUCUUAGUACUCCUUUAGCCAUUUUAGGCUGUGCUGAUCAUAUAAUAAUGAAUAUGAUAAGAUAGAAUGCAUAAAUAAUUGAUUAGCAGAAAUUGCUCAAGUUUGUGCAUCACGACAUUGGUGUUGUCCAUGAUUCUCUGAAAUGAAGUUAGAGGCUUUUUUCGUGUGGCUGUUUUGCAUUGAAAUGCAAAUCUUCAGAAAGCAAUAUCGUGUAUCACGAGGACUUGAUAUUUAUGUUUUCCCUGUUCUUUAUAGAUGUAAUGAACAAGGUCAACCGUUGAACUUAA